UUUAUUAACACGGGGACACUUUUCUUCAAGGAUAGAGAUCUCGACUUAACACAUUCCGAGUACGACGGUGAGUUCUUCCACCGAAUGCUUCCGACAGUGCUUGACGACAUCUUGUUUGACAUUCCUGCCACCAGCAACUACACUAUCAAGAAUCCGUUCAUGGAUCCCAAAAUGCGCCGCAGACACUAUAUGGAGGCGGGAGUGGUGGUUUACCGGAAGUCUGCCCACUUCACCGGCUCUUUGAUGGCGUUCUCUAUGAAUUUCUGGAACCAAGCCAGGGAAAAGUUGUGGGGCGACAAGGAAAUGUUCUGGCUCGGGAUGUCGAUGGCAGGCGAUGAAAACUACGGUUUCAAUGGCAACUGUGCGGGGUCGGUGGGAAAAGUCACUCCGAAGGAGUUCCGUCCUGACGGGGUGGUUUCGGCCGAGCUUUGUUCCAUCCAACCCGCUCACAUUUCGUCGGACGACGACCAAACUUUGUUAUGGAUCAAUUCGGGGUUCAAAUUCUGCAAGAAGAUGGGAACAUUUGACAGUUUCAAGAAGAACCAACACGCACAGAUGUUUUCUGGGGCUCGUAGUCUGCUGGACUUGGAGACCUUUAAUGAAUUGUCGAUAAAAAAAAUGUAUCACGAUUCGAUUUCCAUUGAAGCCGCCAUUAUCCCCCCUGGAGCAGCAUUUAAGAGGGAGAAAAAGGGAGAGCCCAGAAUGGGCUGGGAGCAACAACGUUCAUGCGGUGGGUACCUCUGGUGCGGGUUUACCAACGUAGGAGGGUCAUUGGAGGAGAAUUUCCUGGGCAAACUAGUGCAUUUCUCGAUUGUUGAUAAGUUGCGGUUCAAGUUCUUGGGAGAUCUUUGGACGGGCUACGGCAUAGUGCAACAGAAUGUUCCCGAAAGGAAAAAUCCGUUUUAA